UUUAUCACCUUUCUUACCCGACGUAUUUCCCUGCCCAUCUUCCAUCCUUGCUUCCAUCUAUGCACAUUUGCGCGUCCACUUUUACCCCCGUCCACUUUUGUAGGGAUGCAUUGUUUCUUUUGCAUUUCGCUUCUUUAUGAGCACUUGUUUUGCGCUCUGCCUUAUAACGCCUUCUUCGUCUGCCCUCCUCGUCCUUCCUCUCUCCUGGGCCUACCUGUACCUCGCACUUCGUUUACUUUUCCCCUCUUCGCUUCUCCGUCAUCCUUAUUCUCCGUAUUUCCGUUCGAUUGA